AUGAAGCUCACAAAAGCAAUCGUGGCGUUGGAGCCGAUGCAACCCCUACAUACAAACUGGUCGCUCCAGGAUGUGAGCGUUGGUGAUCCUGGUGAGGGUGAAGUUCUGGUAGAGAUAUGCGCGACAGGGAUAUGCCACACUGAUAUUCUGCUAUCAGCCGUGCCUGCUGGUACCUUUGGAAUUUCUUAUCCAAAAGUUGUUGGGCAUGAAGGUUCCGGAAUUGUGCGGGCCAUUGGCCCAAACACCAAAAACAUCAGCGUUGACGAUCCGGUCUUGAUGUCAUAUCACUCAUGCUCUUCAUGCAAUCAGUGCUGCAACUCACAUCCUGCGUACUGUGAUUCCUUUGCUGUUGAGAAUUAUGUUGAUCAAUCAACUUCAAUGACUCUCAGCCGAACAGGGGAGGCGAUACACUCAAGAUUUUUCGGUCAGUCUAGCUUUUCACGCUAUAGUGUCGUCAGCGAAAAAAGCAUUGUGAAUGUUAGAGGAUUGCUUCAAGAUGAGACGGAGCUCAAACUCUUCGCACCGUUGGGGUGUGGAUUCCAAACUGGGAUGGGCGCUGUUUGCAACACUUCGAACGCUGGACCUAGUGAUUCUGUGAUGAUUAUUGGCCUCGGCGCUGUUGGGAUGGGAGCACUCAUGGCAGCGAAGAUUCGGAACUGUGCCAUGAUCAUUGCGGUCGACAGGGUUGACUCUCGGCUUCAGGAAGCCACUGCUUUUGGAGCAAAUCACACUAUCAAUACAGCCACCCUGGGGUCCAGAGCGCUUAGUGACGCCGUUCAAAGUUUGACUCCUGGUGGGCCAUCGAUAGUAAUCGAUACAGCAGGUGCGCCUGCCGUUCUCGAGGAAGCACUUGAAUCUAUGCAACAACGUGGUAAACUUGUGCUUAUUGGCGUCCCUCCCCUGGGAUACAAGCUACCUUUAAACGUGAUAACACAUAUAAAUAAGGGUCAUUUGAUCAUUGGUUGCAUUGAAGGGGAUUGUAUCCCGUCCAAGUCUAUUCCGCAAAUGAUCACAUGGUACCGAGAAGGCCUAUUUCCAAUCGAUAAAUUAGUUCAGUACUACAAGAUCACAGAUUACGAAGAAGCGGUUGCGCAACUCAAGAAGGGAGCAGUGGUGAAGCCGGUUUUGACGUGGGAAUAG